AUGUGGCGUGCAAUCGCCAUUGUCAUUCUUGGCCAAGCCAGAGCCGUCAAGCUAGCUGCGAUACCCGUCUGCAAAGGCAGCCUGGUGCCUUCAAGCAAGAUGUGCCAGGACUUGACUCUGGCUGAGUGUGCUGAUUCGUACAUCAUCGAGACGGAUUCUACGUACAUGCAGUGUGGCAUCACGACUGGCAAACAGUGCCUGACCAUUGGCCCCAUCUGUCAGAAGCCCAAGGUCUCUCUGCCAGACGGCGGCCUGGAGUUCUACUUCGGCUCCUCUUUGGCCUCAGGGGUGGCGUCGGAUAGCAUCCUCGACAAGGGGAAAAGCUAUGGCAGUCAGAAGGCGAGCGGUAUGGACUACGGCUGGUUGUGCAACGGAUCACCGAUCACGGGCUACGACUUCGCAGGAGGCCGUCGAGGCCCGCCGCGGAGCACAUAUGGCCUGAACCACUUCGACCGCAGCAACAAGUGCAAGUCUGGGAGCACCUACCUUCCCGUCACCUGGAAGCUGGAUGUCCCUGAUGGAAAGUACAAGGUGGAGGUGAUCUUCCCUGAGUCAACAACGCCAGAAUGCCAGGUCCAGGGUUCGAAAGUUUGCGGCUCACGAGGCCCCUGCACCUACAGCAAGGUCAUCCAGGUCACUGGCGGCCUGAAGGUCACCGGCUACGGUCAUGACUCCCGUAAGUGCCAUUCCGUGAGCAAGGUGAAGGUGAUGCCCGCAUAG